CAAGCGUUAGCGAGAUAUAGCCAGCAUCCAUUCCUUCUCCAACGUUCAUUCACGUUAGUAACGGAGUAAGGGACGCACAAACAAACCUAUGAAACAACAACCGAGUCACACUUGAGCGUUUACGAGUUUAAGACAUGGGCGUGAAAUUGGCAUUGAUGGGUAUUUUAAUAUUUUCCAUUUUAUACGACGUCCGUGCUACAGAUGUAACCGAGCAUGAUGCAUCUCAGGAGCGAGCUCUGAGCCUCCAGAAGAGAAGACUUACCCUGCAGAACACAGCUGAUAUCCAACAUUGCCUGUUGUCUGCGGGGGAUGUCGGCUGUGGGAUGUUUGAGUGCUUCAGCAACAACACCUGUGAGAUCCGUGGCCUGCACGACAUCUGCCUGACGUUCAUGCACAACGCUGGCAGAUUUGACUCCCAGGGGAAGUCCUUCAUCAAGGAUGCACUCAAGUGCAUGGCCCACGGCCUGCGCCAGCGCUUCAGCUGUGUUAGCCGGAGGUGCGUGGCGGUCAAGGAGCUGGUGUUCCAGCUGCAGCGUCAGUGCUACACCAAGCACAACCUGUGCUCCGCGGUGAGACAGAACGUCAACGUCAUGGUGGAGAUGAUCCACUUCAGUGACCUUUUCCCUAAAGGGCCGCACGUGGAACUUGUAAACAUCCUGCUGGGCUGUGGAGACGAGGUAAGGGAGGCAAUUGGUCGCCGCAUCCGAACCCAGUGUGAGGUCAACUGGGGGGCGCUGUGUGCCAGCCUCAGCCUCUGUCCUCUAGCGAGGGGAGGAGCUGACCAGGGCCUCACCCCAGCCCCAGCCACCACACAGCAGCAUGGGAAUACACUGCCACCUGGAGGCCAGCUGGGAGAAGACGGGGAGCAGUCUUGGAUGGAGGAGCUCUUAAAUGAGAAGGACCAAUCAAAACCACAGGAGACUCUUGGUGCUGCCCAGCCUCUUCAAGAUAACAGCACUGACACUUUAAAGGUGGAGCCUCGUGGGAUUGAUGAUGGGGGACAAUAGAGAUAAAACAGACAAAGACACAGAGAGAGAGAGGGACAGAUAGGAGGGAGGGAGAGAGAGAUGGAGGGAGAGGGAGCGAGAGAGAGAGAGUUCCACCACAGCAAGGACCACAAGAAGGCCUGUUGCACAUGUUACCAGAAACGCUGAAUCUCAGGGCAAGAUGUCCACCUCCUUACUGACUAUUGAAGAUUACAAGAAAUGCAAUGCAUUCACUCACAUAUUAUACAUAGAACACACACACACACACACACACACACACACACACACAAUCCAUAUUAGUAAUCAAUAAGCUAAGUUGCCAUUGGGCAUCAAACACAUACUGUACAUCUGUCAUUAGUAUAACUACUAGAAAUAGAGAUAUCUGAACAUAAAGCUAACGGAGAAUUUGGGGAUUUGCUACCUAUUGUAUUUAUUCCAGCUCAUUUCACAGGGUUUUAUGCUGUUUUGCUUUAAACCAAAUCCUGUUCUAUUUCAAUAUUGACUGAAUUAUAUGUAAUAUUCUUUGGAUAUACACUUGUGUGUGUUUCCUUGUUACCUAUGUCACACAGUUAUGUAUGUCUUGACAGGCACUUGUAUUUACAUGGGACUAGCAAGACUGCUAUUGUCAUUUUUGAUGUGAAGCAACUGAAUGUUUGUAGUAUAGAACCGUAGAUGUGCAUUCUGCACAGUCUGGCACAUUCAAGUUUUUUUUUUUUUAACUCUCAGAAACCUAUAAGCUGGUUUAGAUGACAGUGCUUGUCUUUUACAUUCAACUUGUUGUAAAUGUUGACAGUGAAUUAAGGGAUCUACCUCAACAUUUCUCAGCUAUGACAGAUAUUACAGGGGCAAAGUAAAUGUUCACAUACAGGAACAAUAUUUUUUCACUUUUUACCAGGGAAAACGUUUUACAUCUAUUUCAUUCAAACAUUGCAUUCUUGUUUUGUAAGACUUGUAAAUACAAUAUAUAUUUUUAUUUAUUUUGAGUAUGCAUGAGAUCUAUACAUUGCGCUUUUAAUCUCCCUUUUUAUAAUGCAACUGCAAAUGUGAAGUGCUCUGUGUGAGGAUUUUAUAGACAUAUUUGCAGUUUUGUCUUUCUUUUUUGUGGAGAAAAUCAAUAUUGUAAAUACUUUGUUCUUAUUGUAUCACACGUUAUAUUAUAUGCAGUGUUUUAUGAGCAUAUUUUUCAGCUGAAUGUGAAUGUCAGUGAAAACAACUGGGCAUAAUAAAAGAGCAAAGAUCCCCCGUCUUAAUUGCUUUGUGUACUCAUAGGUGAGAUUUUGGAAAAGGAUGCCUGAACCAGACACCUCACCUUGCACUCUAAAAAGUGAUGUGUUAAAAAUGAUACAUCUGCUGAGUAUGCUUAGGGACA